AUGAAGGGAAGUUGGCCACCGGACGAGGGUGCGUCCGGCGUUGCGGAGGCGGCGUCCGCGAGAGCGACGAGCCCUGUGUCACCGAAGGUCGCCGCUGCAAAAGUGUCGUGGCAAGUUGUUUAUGCUAGUGUUCUGGACUGUUCCCGCCUGUCUUACCAAUCAGCUAUAGGAGUUGCGUUGAUUGGUUCUGAGCCCACGCGAAGGUAGCGACAAGCCUCACAUGGUGCAGGCAGAGAAUCUACCGAAUGCGUGGUGCAGACAGUGAACUGCAACGAGACAAAUCGAAGCCAGGCAGACGCGCGUGCCAUAGCGGGCGGUCGCUAGGAAGUAGGUGCGGACGCUAGCGAGAGGCGCGACGCAGCCAUUAUGGCUGUCCACUACAGAACUGCACUUUCCAUUAGCCGGAGUUAUUGUCGGAUUACUCCGAUUGAAACCUGCAUAAUCGCCGGAUUCGGAUAGAAUUCCUACACUAGCACUUAGAAAACUUGCUAACUAAACUAUGCGAAGCACUGUUUAUAAUAUUUCAAAAGCCAUUUGAAGAAGGCGAACUUCAGGAAGAAUAGGAGUGUGACUUUAUCACUCUUAUCAAUAAAGAAGGUCCACGGCUUGACUGUGAACAUUAUUGUUAUGCCAGUCUAAUUUGCAUCGCGUGCAGAAUAAUGAGGCGCAUUAUCGAAAGACAUUCGAUGGGAUACCCGAAAAAAUACAUGAUGUUACAUGAAGUCAAACGUGGCUGGCGUCCUAUACGUUAUUCUCCCACGACUGUUCUUUGCUUUGAGGAGAAAUGAACAAGGGCCACAGAAAAGAGUUGCCCAGUAAAUGUCAUAUUCUUUGACUUUAAGAAGAACUUUGAUAGCGUAUCACACAUGCUUCUGUUCAAAAUAUUUGGGAUUUAGGAAUUUGAAGAAAGAGGUAAAAAUGAUUCGUCAGUUUCCUGUCCUAAUGAUUUCAGAGAGUCGUUGUUAGGAAGUGUACUUUGGAGUUAUUAAAAAUGAAAAGUGGUGUCCCACAGGGUUCUGUUUUAGGCCCACUAUUCUUUCUGAUUUAUGUAAAUGAGUGCGCCAGUGAACUGGAUUGCGAGACUCUCAUGUUCACUGAACACAUAAAAAUACGGAGUAAAGUCAAGUGCUUUAAUGACGCAAAAAGCUGUAAUUGAAAAUCGACGAACUAUAAAAAACACCAUCAAGUUUAUUUUUAUUCCUUUUUGACAGUUUUUUCACUGCUGGCCUGAUUUGUGUUUAACGCUUCCUUGGCAAUGCCUGUAAAGUGGAAUCAAACACAAUUAUUAUUAUUAUUAUUAUUACUCACAAAGGCCACCAGAAGCCCACAAAAAACGUAGGGUAAAUUACUGGCACGCAAGCUUGUGGUUGCACGUUCUCAAAAUUACAUCAUCCUUUCCAAGCCUAAAAUGCGAUAUGAUGUGCAUCAAGGAUUAAAGUUGCAGAUCGUAAUUCCAUUGCAACACCUAAUCCUAUCCAAGUCUCCCAUAUUAAGCAGUUUGCGCUUAACACACGUUCUUUUCGAAGAAACAAAUUAGACAAUUUUAUGUUUAGAAAACCUACUAGCAUAUACUUUACCUUUUAAAAUAUGCUCAAAAACGUCCUUAGACAGGUAUUUCUGACUUGUGCUUCCAAAUGCGCGCAUCUAAUUCGGCUUAAAUAUUUAACGAAAAUAAGGGUUAUGCAAAAAGUCUGCUUAUAAGUAAAAGUGUCUUAACUGCUUGUUACUGACACUUAAGCAGUCCCCUGUGAAAAUCUUUCUGUUAACUGGCUAAAAUAUGUAACGAUUUUUUCAUUCGAUGUUUAGAACAGAACAGAAAAGGUAAAUAAGAGCAGCUCUUCGGUGCUGUUAUUCUGUUUAGGAUACAAUAAAAAGCCUUAAAUAAACUCAUUCGUCCCGGGUGUGUUCUGGUCUUCGAACCAUUCGGGUGUUUACAGUCAGACAAAUAUAUCAUCUGUCAAUUGUUUUAUUCUUAGUGACUUACGUACGCUUAUUCAGUCGAGUCCAGUGUAUUUGUUGGCAAUGGAGCAAUUUUUGUCCUUCACAAUAAAAAGUCGCAUUUUCAUGCUGAAAAGCAGUUUCUUAGUCUUACUUUGACUGAUAAAACGUGUUUCCUUACCUGUCCAUAAAAUUUCCCAUAUGCAACGACUUUCCAUCAUCCUCGACGAUUAAGCCGGUAACUUACAUUACCGACUUUCCUCGGUUGCUCUCAAAACUUUGAUUGGUCUGUCUCUAUCAGUCAGUCAGUGUAUUUGAGGGAAAUAGGCUUACGCCUUUUAACUCCCUAUUUGCACAUAAAAAAUCGAUAAAUUAGCAGAAUGUGAAGAAAUUACAACAGUAAGCGUAUGCAGGCAUUGAUUCACACAUGACUCUAUGUUUGGAUAUAGAAUAGAAUAGGUUUAUUAUAGCACCUAUUGGGCACUGUCAUUCUUCUUUUUACAAAGAAAAAAACCUAGACCAACUCAUCCAUUUCGACUGAGCUUUGACUUCAUUUGUUUUGGGUGUCUGUUUAGCCAAUAGAGCGCGAACUGAGAGUUCGUUUCAAGUUAAAAAACCUGGGUUCCAAGGCACAAAGGCAUCUCUGCCAUCAAACGUAGCGCUUCUACCGAAUAAAACACUCUAGUUCAUGUCUGUCCGCUACAGGGCAUAUACUAAGGGGCGGUCGCACAGUUCGUGCGUGUUUUUCAGGAGGCUUACCAUAAUUGUCUGGACUAAGAGCUGGAAAAGAUGAAUAUAUAUCAAGAGUAAGAACCACUCAAUGGUAAGUCACAAUCAAAACUCUCGAAAUAAUACUGAAUAAUGCAUCAUAUUGCUCUUGUGAAUGUGAUAUUAUAGGAGUAGUGGUCGACUGCUUACUAUGAUCUAACAUAGUUGUAUAUAUGUUUAAUAGAGCCUUAAUAUAGACUUACGCACCACUAAUAUGCAGGGUGUUAUCGAAGGGGAGGUUAUUAUUAGCUCCUUAAGGGAUACUAAGUGUCAGGUGACAUGACUGAUAGAGACGAGGAAUGGAGGAAGGAAAGGACAUAACUAUCUGCUCUAUGUUUAUCAAUGCUGCUGUAUUUAAUAAAUUUGACUUUUUGAGUGCUAUGUUCCGGUAUUAUUCAAGCGGCUGGCAUCACCAGAGCUCUUUUGGACCACAUUCUGUAUCAAAGACUAACCUGCGAAAUGUCCUAUCUUAUUCAAAAAUAAAUGCGCAUUGUUAUUUGAAAGGAAUUUUUUAGUUUUUAUUUUAAACUUGCCUGGGUUUCAACUUUUCCGGAUAGAACUUGGAAGACCAUUCCAGAUAAUGGCAUAUCUAAUGGACUGGAAAUUUGACCGUUGGGACUUUGUGAAUUUGGGGAUCCUUAUAAUAUCUUCGUUAUUUCUGGUGUUUCUGAGGGCGUUUUGGUUUGUUAGUAAAGUCAUUCUGAAAAUAGCUUGGCCAUAAGUGACCUUGAAUAGGAAGUUUAGAACAUUUCGGAGUCUUCUGAUCCAGACGGGUCGAAGACCGCAUUGAUGAUAUAGUUCUAAGUAUGAACCCUGGGUGCCAUCACCUCUGGACAAAGAUCUAGUCGACGUCUCUGAAUGCCAUCUACUUUCUUUCGGACGCCUGAGGGCAUUAUGCCGAAGCAGUAAUCUAGGAGAGGUAAAACCUACAUUCUGAAAAGUUAAAUUUAUAGUGGAUUUAAGGUGAAGUUCGUACAAAUGAAUCAGCACAGGCGAGUGGCUUUCGGUGUGAUAUUUGUUGGACGUGGGAAGACAAGUCAAGGGUAUUUGUGUAGCUGAGACCUAAGUCUUUUAUCGAUUGGGCUUCCGUUAUUUCAUUAUCCUCGAAUAUCAUAGGGGGAAUUUUUUUGUGGGCCAAAGAUCAGGAGAUGGCAUUUCUCGGGUGAAAAGGGCAUCUACUAUUGACUUCUCCAUUCGCUGAGUUUUAGCUGUUAUUUUUGGUACUUAGCUUGAACCUUCACCUGAUAAAUGUGACAACGAACGGCACGCAAAUAUAUAAUUUUUAGUGAUUCCAGGAAGCAUCUAGGAUUUUCAAAGCUGGUUACACCUUUUCGGGCCUUAAAAAUCACUUUUUAGUGCUCAGUAGAAGUUUGCUUUCGUUAGGUUUAUUUACAUACCUAUAGUACAUGGCUCUUGAUAAGUCAGGUAAUUGCCGAAAGUUAGGAAUUUACAUCACCUCCACCCUCCUUGACGUCCCCACUGCUUUGUUAGUGUUCUUGUACUAAUCUCCACCUGUGAGUCCUGAUAAAAACUCCUACAGCUUCGUCAAGCUCCUAUCAGUGCAUUUCAUUAGCAGCCCUGGCACCAGACUAUUAGGGUAACUGAAUAAGUCCGAGUUGACUUUUCAAUAAGCGUCCUUAGCAGUAUUCAGCUUACAGCUACUUCUUUAGUGCACAUUUGGCUCCUGUCCUCAGAAGACUCUUGCAGAAGCAUCGAAAUAUAAGAAUAUGUAAGCGUGUGUCGUGAAAAGCAGCUGCUUAGUGAAUGCUUGAGUUUUACUGUGGUGAUUUGUUUAGCGCCCCCUAGUCAAUACAGGCGAGCGUUUGAAGUGUUUGCUUGUGUCGCAACAGGUAGUCUUUCUUGAGCAGUAGUAUGCCGUUCAGGACGCCCUUUACUUGAUUUUCUCCUCAUAAUCUAACGCCUUGUAGUUACACGCUGGUCAUAUAGGGGAAAUUUUCCUUUACUGUCCAAUUUUUACACAGACCAGCACAACCUUCUGACCGCCCCAGAUCGUGCCAUUUAACCUUUCAAAACUUUACUUGUUGCUAACCAGUGACAAUAAACCAGUCGUCACUCGUUAACACUAUUAAACUUAGUUGCCUUCCGGAUCCUUACAGACGUAAUACGGUCUCCUCGUAAGACAUUUGUCAUAACCCGUAAGGUUGAUUCGUGCAUGAUUUGCUCUUGGGAGUCACAAAAGAACACCAUCGCCGUUAACUGUGGAACUGAUUUCGUCUGCGAAACUGUGUCCUAGUAUACGUAGUUACCUUACAAUCCUCAAUACGCACAGUUAGGGAUUCUGUGAUAUUGUUGCCUGCCGAGAACCCUUGGCUUUAUAGGUGAGUCGGUCACCGCUGACAGCCAUCCUCUCUUCAGGAAGAUUUCUUGCUUAUAAAGACUGGAACUUGCCUGCCAUGCUUUCUAGACAUAGCGGUUUCGCAAUACCUUUUACUCGGUUCAUUCCAAAUUGUGACUAUUGUUGAGUCCUUACGUCUGAAGACGAUACAGCUUUGGUGUUCGCAGCAGCCUUUAACUUAUGGGCGGGUUCCGCAUGAGUUUGAGUCACAAUCCCGCUUGUGAUCCGUCGGUGGUUGCUAAUGUAUACGGAACUAAGACAGUAAUCUACCAUUUAUGAAGUGACUGACAUCCAGAUAGUCUAGCUGGACACUAAUUUACUGCACUCUGCCAGUGGGGUACUCAUUUGCCUGUAGCCUUUCUUGGUCUAAAACUCAGCAGGGAAGUGGUUAUCUAUGAACACCUAAUGCAGUUUGUGCCCACUAUCUGUAUCUGCAAACGCGUAGUAUGUGUUUUUUGGGUUUCAAGAUCUAGCCAGGAGCUGUGUGGACUGGUGAGGCAAAGAGAUAUAGACAAAUACACCACUAUGGCACAGGAACACAAAACAGGAGCCCGAAGGACAUCUCCGCACGAUAGGUAUUAAGGAAUAGAAAAUGUGCUCUCGACGCCAUCGGCAUCCCUUCAAAAUUUUGCCUGCAUUUAUGAUAGAACCAUUUCAUACUUCGUGAGUGACAACAGUUAGUUCGCCUCGUAUAAUUGUUAUUUAACCGGUAUUUACGAAAUUUUCGGACGCCGACUCUGGUUCAUUAAAUUUCAGAUGGCUGAUCUGGAUAUCCUCAGCGGGACCUCUGAGUAUAUUUUAUGCCCGAAGACCAUUCUGUUUAACUGCGGAGUCUGUUGUCUGUUUGCUCUACUGUGCUGUUAUUUAACUGAUUAAUUGGAGUAUUUGCGCACUACCUGUUGUCACACACGGGGAGAAUAUAUGUAUGGCCCCAUAAAAGCGGGAUAAGAUCCCGUAAACGGCAUAAGAAUUCGAAUAAGAUUUCGAUCUGCCACUUGUAAAGCAUAAAGCUUUAGUAAUCCGGCCGUCUAUGUAGGUAACUAACAAUUUUUGAUUGCAAUCCGCGUUUCGAAACACUGGAGAUACAUGCAAAUCCGUCUAUAACGAGGCUGGCUUUCACACUAUGGUUUCAUCUCUUCACACAAUGUCAAAGUAGCCAAAGUGAGCCAAGAUGACUGCAGAUAAUCUGGACGCACUCACUUACUUGGCAUCCGUUCCUAUUUCAAGCGUUCUAUGUGCUGAGUCCUCGCACGUAACGGGCAGUACUUUACUGGGAUGCAUUUCCAUUGCAAGAUACUUCCUCUAACUCGACAGUUCAGCCAAUUGUUAGAGACUAGCGAUGGUCUCAUUGUCAAAACCUAGAAGUCCACAACUGUCACGCGAGGUGGGCACAGCCCUGACUGGUGAGUCAAUUUAUAUAUUGUGAAACAGACUUCCACUGGGCCUUUUUCACAGUCUUCCCGCACCAACCGCCUUCCGGUGGCACAGGUACGUCAAGAUGAGCGGAGGCGGGCAUGAGCACCGCGGCUGAUAGCCCAUUUGAGCAUGCAACACGUAAUGCGGUCCUUAAUUCCGUGAUCCCUAAACUUUUUUUCGGGGAAUGUCUCGGACCCCACGCAAAUGAGAGUGCCAUAGAGACCACAAAAAUGAACCCUUGCGGUCCGACCCUCUUUCCAAGCCAGAACCGAGUAAUCGCAUCAACUGGCAACCUUUUAAAUCACAACUUUCAGCGCGCCAUAAUACAGCCAAGCUCGACAGUCCUGUUCUAGUGAAGACUGUGCAGGUUUGCCACGAGUAAGAUUACCUUAGUAUCGUUGGUGACUUAAACUUGUAUUUGUUUACACCGAAGCAGACUUGCGCAGUCCGACAAACUCGUGUAAAUGCCAUCCCGUUCGGCCCAAUGGACCCGUGGCGCAGCCCGUGUUAGAGGGGGUGGGGAAGGAGGGGGAGGAAGGUACGUUUAUGAACGUCUGUGAAGUGCGAUGUAUGUGGGAUACCCGAGCCUUUGUUGUUAGCUUUUUAUAUUCUCUUGUUCGAGCAUGAUCGAGAAGGCCCCUAGAGUGCCUGGUUGUGAGGCUAUAGUGUUGUCAGGGAUGGCGUGCAUAACAGGUGUACGUGGGGCUACAGACACCAGUUUUGUAGUCACGGUCGAUGGAUUCUCAGAUGGCUGACCAGGCCGAUGUGUGGCUGAAAUGUACGGUUGCAACACAGUGUGCGCCAUGCGAGUUGAGUUGGUUGUCAUGGCGAUGGACCCACCAAAGAUCCAGGACCCCCCCCCCCCCUCCAAAUCCUGACAUGCCGUAUUGGGCCAGGUUUUUAGGCAACCUUUUUGGACGCAUUCAGAUGGGCAGCGCUUUCAGAUCAGGGGCAGUAACACUGAACCUCUGAAGAAGGCGGCGAAAAACGUUCCCGAACCAUCUUAUUCAUUAUCCUCGCGGCGCUAUUACAGCGAGUGCGGACUGUUCCAAACUAUUGACUGGAUUCGCGGAACGUUUUGACGAUGUUGAAUUUGCAUCCAGACUCCAGCUGACUGAUAUCUACUACGCUGAUUGUGUCGCCCUGUUAGUCUCGAGCCUUGAUUAUCUACAGUAUGCGAUGUCAUGGAUGAAUAAGGUAACUAAUUCGGUCGGUUUGUCCAUAAAUGCUUGGAAGACAAAAAUGUUUUUAAGCUACAUCUGUUCAGGAAAAGGCACCCCUCGAGAUUUGUGGCUGUCAAUCUAAAGCAGAUUGACUCGCAUACCUCGGUGCGAGGCUGCGGCCGAAUAGACAAAGUAAGAACGAUAUUGUUUCCCGAGUCGAUGCCACUCGCAGAGUUUUUACAAUCCUUAGAAGGUGUAUUUGGACCCGACGCGGCAUCUGCGUUGCCGCAAAGACCCUCGUGUACCGUGUAUCCAUCCAGGCAGUCUUAUGUAUGGUUUGGAAUGCUUGACUUUUUCCAUGGAAGAUUAGCGAAAACUGAGUUGUUUGACCACCACAGCCGCCAUAACCUUCUAGUCCUUGAUUUUACGAAGUUUCCGGGAAAAUGUCAGUCUUUCUGCUCUUCAGACGCUAUUUCUAAUUGUAUUAUACGCACCUAUUAAGACUCUACUAAAUGCCCUGUUCUCCAGCCCUUUUUCUGUAUUUUAGAAUGCCGCGGGGCACACGCAGUGGAAAAACCCCUCAGGCUACCCCUAAAAACACUAAAAAGACCGCUUCCGCCACGCCGUCAAGUGCAGAUGUCAAGCCAGCAGCAGAGGCAUCACCUUCACCUGCUCGUACUCGGAGCAGGGUUUCAGCUGCUGUGGAGGCUGACUCGGUGACUCCAAAACGCGCGCUAAGAAAACGCGACAUCGGCAAGGCUGAGCUGACACAGUCCUCCCCGGAGACCAGCAAAACUGCAGCUACGACAUCAAAGCGGAGACGAAUGUCUCCGCAGCCCGAACAGCAGGAUCCCAAUCCUCAGCCGACGCUUCCUCCACCCCCUGCCGACGUGCACAAGGAGGAGGAGGAGAAGACCGAGGAACAGGGACAGACAGCGCCAGCAGCUUCUGACACUCUUCAGACGCCCGCACGGUCCACUCGUAGCGGUUCCCGCAAGAGGCGUGGUGCCCCAUCUAAAUCGGAAACCUCCCCCGCUACUGCCGACUCCCCAGACCUACCCUCGAGAGAUCCCAGUUCUAAAAAACCACGGACUUCCGAGGGUGAGUCUGGAAAUCUGUACUUCCGACAUCAUUGAAAAUGUGAUUCGUAGGUAUUAUUUAACAAAAAGAGGGGUGUCCACCAGGAGAGGCAUACUUGUGUUCUAACAAAGGUCCAAACCAUGCGACUGUUCGCCCUGUGGAUGAUGUCUGCAGCCAACGAGAAUGUAGACGACACUGACUACGAGCAAACAGACUGAGGGUACCCACAUCUAACACCAGCUGUGGGCUGUCCGGUUUGUGCGUCCAGGACGCGCUGGACACAGGGUAGUUCAACUCGCAAUUUGCAAUGUCUCACUAACGAAGUUAUCCACUCCGGGACUGGGUUCCCUUGUUUAUUUCGUUCGUUUUAGCCCUACAUGUUUAACUCAACUCACGGUAAUGCUGACCAAUUACGGGUGAGUAAACUUCUACGUUGUGUCCGCCAGAAGAUAUCUCAAUCUUUGAAAGAAACCAAACGUAGCGCUGCGUGUCUUAUGUUUGCAUUGUCGAUUUCAUGACGCUAUCUUCUAUAAUCUUGUGCUCUCAUAGUUCUGUCCAUGCUUGUGGGGGGUUUUCCGCUCUAAUAUGCGCUCGGCAGCUCUAAAGCGAAUCGUAAAAGUGCUUCCCCUAAAAUGUCCCCCAGGAGGAAGUAGAAUUGAAACCUCCAAAUCCUUGCGUACUAUGAAAAAAGGCAAAAUGUAUUGGAAUGUGAUAUCAGUGAGGGGACAUAAGGAUCAAGCUGGAAUCUCACCAAGUUGGCCGCAAAACAAGGACUUCGGUCCCCGGUUGGCAGUGAGAGAAAUCACGGUGAUCAAGCCUUUGUCGUUAGUCUCGCCUAGCCCUGUUCCGUGGCACGGCCCGUCCCGCUUAUUCACGUCGUCGUUCUCGAUCAAGAUCGUCGUUGACAAAAAGCUCUUGGACUGGGAACCACCUGACCCAUCCACCGCGGGCUCUUCAAACCGCUUGAUCGCUUACGUGCAGUUUGCGGGACGACGGAUAAAGCACUGACCAGACUCCUCAACCAUGCCCUUAGCCAGCAAGUAGUCGUUAGUGUGUAACGGAAUCCCAGGUUAACUCACAUAAAAUAGCACACUGGCUUCCAACCAUUCUGCAUGGAUCGCAGUUGAGAAGGAGGACCGUUUAAGUGCCGUAUGCUUGCCUAUGACUUGCGAUGUUUGUAGGGUCGGUAGGCAUUUUGUCAAAAAGAAUGCCAACCUUUUCUUAUUUCUUACCCUAAAUUUGUAGGGGAGUGGACCCUGGGGUUUGGCGUCCGAAAGCCCAAGAUAUUUCACCAUUAAAAAGUCAGUAAUUUAAUGCAUAUUCAGAAACCCGACCCGUGUUUGCACCUGUUCCUACGGGUUUCAGUAUACGCCAUGUGUAAUUUCUCUGGGAGACACCUACAACUUUCUUCUGGGGACAAUGGAAAGAUGCCCUGAUAUACAUAAAGCUCUUGAACAAAUUUUUACCAUAUUGUACAGACUACAACCGAUAGCCCUAAGUUUGUAAGAAUUAGUCCAGAUAAAUAUUUAUGUGGGCGAACAAAGAUGAAAGUUCGAGUUCCGGGUGUAUGCAGAAGUGAAGAAGAAGAGGGGUCGAGCGCCGAAACAGUUUGUGCAACAUGGCUGUCCGAAGGCACUCAUAGGUCGUUGCCUACGCGGUCGCCCCCAGAGGACCCAGCUAUCAAGACCACCAACGAUAUGGCGUUCUUUGCCAUACAUCGAGGUCGUUUCAGAAGUAGCCGAGCGCAUGCCUGCGGAGUUAGGUGUUGGAAUUGCACACCGCCCAAAAAGUCCCCAUGCGCAAUGAGGUUAUGAAAAUUAAAGACCAGUUAAAGCCUGAGGAGCGAUCUGGAGUAGUGUUUCGCGCCUCGUGCAAAAACUGUCCCUGUAACUACACAGGCUAGAUUGGACGCAUGCUCGGGUCGCGCAUACACGAACGUAAGCUGGCUGUGCGACGAGGCGACGCGUUAUCACAAGUGGCCGCCUACACCUACGAAACGGUUCAUGAGUUUAACUUCGCAGCCACCAAAAUAGUCGCCCACGCGGGAAUCAAAACAAGUCGAAAACUGGUUGAAGCUUGGGCCUCGGGUGAGAACCCAGCCAAUCCAUUUGUCGAUCCGGUGCCGGCGUACGGAGCCCUGCGCAGUCACCUCCAGUCUUGCGCCAUCGGUUGUUGAUUGGCUUACACGCCCUUUAACUGUGGCUAGCUCUAUUGCUGCUACUAUGUCUGACGAUGGACUCCUGUACGAGUUCGAAAGUUCAGAACAAUAAACAAAAUUCAUAGAGGUUUUGGCAAAUUUUGAAUAAUUCAUAUUGACCCAGCUGUGAAAAACUCGGCGCCUCGACGGGAUUCGAACCCACGACAGUAAGGUGAAGGCGUUAGUACAGCCAACGCCCUAAUCACCUGAGCUACGAGGCCCCGCCGGGCGACGCGAGUUUAAUCACAUUUGGGUCAAGUUACCCGCCCAACCUCCAGCAACGCCCGAAAUCCGCCACAAUUGGGUCAAUAUGAAUAAAAAAAAUGUUCUGGUGCUCAACCUUUCUUCUUCUUCACUUAUUUAUGUGGACGUCUCAAAAUUUCCUAUAAUUGCGAUUUCUAGGAACAACCUUCUGUCAAUGACUACAUAUAUGGUCUCUUGGCAUGUAUUUUAUAUUAGGCCAGUAAAGUCCUCUACCUUAAGACGCCGACUCAGCUCGUAGUGCAGAACGGAAGCCCAGUGUUGACUGCGGCACAGAAUCGAUGGUCAAUAUGCAAGCCAACCUGAGCGGCAGACUCACCGUGUGCUCAUAACGUGACUCCUAUUAGUCCCCGUGGCUAUUUCUGGUUUGAUGGUCACGCGUGAACGAUGUUCAGUCAAGAUACUGUCCGCUGACCACGAUGCAGCGGUUCUAGUUGGUGACUGUUCUGUUGUCAGAUGGGGGGCGUAGACGAUGACUUAGAGGAGCGCGAUGUCACUGGGCAAAAAGGAUGCUCGAAUUUCUUUAAUGCCGUACAAAGAAACAGCGAGUCGCAGGUGGCUUCCGGGAAGCUAAUCUUCAAAAAGGAAACUGCCGAAUAGGUAGACGUCUAUCGGUCUACAAUACACAAACAUUGUCGGCUUUUAGCAUCAUUGCACGCACUGUGACGACGUUUUAACGGGAAGUUCGCACUACAAGCAAGGCCUCCUCCCUGCAAGAAGCCCACAUGGAGGCAAACACGGAGCGUGCCACCUAACGUUGCGUGUCCCAUUAUCCCACAUGAAGUUGAGUUAUUUGGGCUAACUGAUAUAGAUAGCAGACGGGGAAUGUUGGGGGGACCCACUGAAAAGCCGAAUCCGCCCUGCAGCUGCGCCAUGCAGCGGCAGAAUAUCGGCGAAACACGCGUUUCUGGACUUUUAGCGAGCCCUUAUGCUGCUAGUAUGGUAUCUUAUAACCCUAAAAUAUACCACUAGCUGCCUGUCGGCAGUUAAUUAAUAUUACGCUGUUGUCCCACUGUGGCUAAUGGACUUCCCCCAAAUACUCAUACAUCAAAUUGCGAUCUGCGCUUAUAGACUUUGUUAUAUACUGACCUACUCCAAGUUCGCAGGUAAUUUCUGGGGAAAUUAAAAAGCAAUAACUGAUCCACAUUCACACAGCCUUACCGGAUGAAAGACAUCUUGUUUGGAAGACGCAGCUCACACAUUCCGUUGUCCAAAUAGGACGUUGUCUAGGUGAGUGAGAAGUGAGUUGGUCAUCUUAAAUUUGAGUUUAAUUGGAGAAGAAUGCAGUAGCAUCUUAGUCUCAUUUGUUCCAAUGGACAGCUGAAAUAAGGCACUGGCACUUACAGGAUGAUAACGGUGGGGCUUGCCGUUCCUUUGCAAUAGAGCGUUUCAGAACCAUGCAUAGUAUACGUUCUCUCAAUAGCCAGCUUGUUCUCCAGAUUGGAAUCCAGCCAGAAAUAUCUGGGACUAUUCUCGUCGCACAUUGAUGGAAACAGAUAACCUCCAUGGCCUCCAUUGAUCACUGCAUGAAACACCAUCUCGCUUGGUUAUAUCAACAGUGUGAUCACGGUUGUGAGAUAUGGAGGUGAAGAGGUGUCAAUAUGGUCUGGUAAAGUGAUCUUAAGUGCGGUAAAUAUCAGGUGGUUCUCAUCUUAAAUCGUUCUACGGGAGAAUGUUUUAGCAAAUGUGUAAGCAAAACUGGUGACCGCAGGUGCGGAAAAGGAAGGAGAAAGGUCGAUUUCUGGCUUAGGUCGUGCAAUAGUCAGGCCCCUCCUACCUACACUUGAGCUUAUCCUCAGAACUAGUGGGCCUGGAAGGCAGAUCUUUCCUAGCAACCACCCUCUGCUCUUUUGUUGAUUACUCUUUGAUAUUGAAAUGACAUCGAGCGGCUUCGCAGCCUGAGGGUAGGUCGAGUUAGUGUCCGGCUUCAGGGGCAGUGCUGCUUCUAAUCAUGAACGAUGGAUCGGCCUCCUAUAAAUCGCUCCUGUCCGUAAAGCGGUCUGGAGGGCUGGGUACUCCAGUCAGAAUUGCAGACUUUGUCUGUGCAUGCGCGGUCCUUCUCACAGAAACGUUUCACUAUUUUGAGGGAUUUUAGACCAUUACCUUCCAUCCUUAGCGCUUCGCAGGGUAAGCAGGGUACCGGGGAUGGUUGGAGAAAAUGCCAGCCACCUUUAAUUCUGGUGCCGAAUGCUGCUUUAUCUCUCCCUCUCCCUCUCUCUCUCUCUCUCUCCCUAUCUCUCCCUCCCCCUCUCCAUCUCUCCCUCUCCCUCCCUCUCUCUCAUCUGGUGUUGGACAUGAGGGCAGAACGAAAGUGAUGAACGAAAAUUCUUGGAUCGUGCCAAUCAGAUUUUCUGAAUAGACAAGCUCCGGUCCCCUUCACCUUGUCCGAUAUGCCGCCACAUCACAUUUCUCGUGGCUGAUGUGAGCAACUAAUAGGUCCAGAGCGCAGCCUCUUUGGUGGGCAGUUAGUUCACUGUCCAGGUGAACCCACGUUUUAGUGGUUGGGUAUACCCAACUAGUGUUUGGGAUUAUUGUCGACCGACGACAACGAAUCCUCCCUGAAUGUGCAUCCCAGUUUCCAUUGUCUUUCCCGACAAUACUUCUCAGGUAGGUCCAUUUGCUUGAGCCUAAGUGUGUCUCUGUAUAAUCACGCCCUCAGGCCAAGCUCUCAGGCGCUGUUGUUUAUCAUGGUGCCUAUUUGUCAGAAUCAACUUCUCACCUCUUCAGAACCGACCUCCACCCUGAUGUCACCAACUGUGGUAGUCAGUCCCUUGGCCACUCCCGCCUCCAAGACGGGUGCGGACAAUGCUGGAUGCGGUACCACGACCCUGCCACAGAGUGAGCUCUUUCCCACUGUUCGCCUCACGCCCAUGGCCGAGCUGAAGGCGGAGGGGGAGGGGGGACAAGGAGCAGCCGAGAAGGAGCCAAGCACUCGGCCAGAUUGCGAUCGCUCCAUCUCCUUUAAUCCCCCUGCGACAAGCAAGAGUAGGUCAGCGCCUAACCAAACCGCCUCUCCAACCGAGGGUAUGGGAGACACGGUCACGGGGACGGAGGGAGACGGCGAGGUGCAGGCGGGAGCAGCCUCUGCCACGGCGACUGGCUCCGCCACUAAACUGCCACCGUCGCCGCCCUCGGAACCCAAACCACCCACAAAAGAGGAGCUCUUGACCUUACAGCGCCGACAGUUGUUGCAACACCUGGAUCACUACGACCUCUCGGAUGCGAUGAGCACCAGCAGCUGUAAGUGCCACUUAUUUUGCCUAACUCUUCAGCAUCCUUACUCUGCCAAACCUCUGUUUUACGGUAAUACCCGCAUUCAAAACACUGAGGCCAGCUACCGCCGGUCAGUGCUCCAAGAGUGUGAGUUGUGCACUAACCCCUACGCUCCUGAUCGACAGUUUUUUUGCGGACACAGAAUAUGGCAGCGAUGGUCAUUGCAAGGUAUUGGGGUGGCUUUUCGCAUGUGAAUUGUCGCAUUUAUCACGGCGCGCGCAGUGAAGUUACCUUCAAGUGGACGCGAACGUUUGCCAUCCAUCAAAAGCAACUUUAGUCAUGACGUGCGAAGCCAGUAGUAUGCCGACUGAAUGGCAUUACCGACAAAGACAAGGGAGACUGGAAUGGCCAUUUCUGGCUUAUUAGCUGUUGUCAGCCAGCCAUGCCUCUACCAUAGUAUGCAGACUCCAUACACGAACGAUCUUCUUGAUUCUGUUUUGACACCGGGUCCAGGUGGGGAGGAGAGAAUGCGAUAGACGCUUCGCAAGCCAACUCUUGAAACAAAUUAAUUCGUGCGCAAGUCACUGUGCCUGCUACACCGUGCUGUGGAGCACACGGUGGACAUCAUCGGAUGCGACGGUCGAACUAUCACAACCGAACAGUAUACAAAAGAGAGCGGUAAAAGCGAAGACUCGGGGUUGGACCCCAAUCAGACGUCAAUGGAAACAGAGGUUACUCUGUGAACGAUCGGGAGCUGGCAGAACAGAAAUAAUAUUCUCUUCCAACGUGCGAAGCCAGUAGUAUCGAGAUUCUAUGCACGAACUGGUCACCUAUUGCAAAAUAACUUCGUGCCCGAAGGUAAGUCAGAAUGCACAAGUGCCAACCAAUGAACACUAGCCUGAUUUUUGGUGAAGAUGCGUACUAGUUACCCAGUCGUACUGCCCUAUGGCCAUCUUCAUCAGAUUAUGGUUUGGGAGGGACCCAAGGGUUUGUGAGCAUCUGCCAUGCCAUGAUCAGCAGGUCAUGACCUUCGCAGCCUGGUGUGCGCUGGCAGUUCUCCGGUACCUGGUUAUCUGGCGGUGGAUGCGCUUGCGCCCCCACAGGUCGUGUGCAUGACUGCCCAGUCAUCUACGUCUUUUGCGUAGUUGUUGUUGGUCAAAAUCCUCCUCACUAAUGUUUGUUGAAGACCAGGGGGUGUGGAAUGGAGCGCCAAGGUGCGGGUACGGCCGCGCCAUCCACCUGCGCCCUCUCUCACCUUCAGUCUUCUUGACUAUAUCUUAACACCGGGCUUUGGUGGGGAGGAGAGAGUUCGGUAGUUGCUGCCCAAGUCUGUUGUUGUGGUUGGUGGAGAUCCUGGUCAAGUGUUUGUUAUUGACCAGGGGUGUGGAGUGGAACGUCAUGCUGCGGGCUCAGCCGCGACAUCCAUCUGUGACCUCCCCCGCCCCCGGUCUUCUUGACUCUGUCUCGACACCGGGGCCAGAUAGGGGAGGAGGAGGGAGUGCGGUAGGUGCUGUAAAAGUCUACCAUCACCAUAAGCCAAUUCACUCGAAAGUCAUUGUGCCGGAUUCACCUUGCCCUGGGGCACAUGGCGGAUAUCUUCGGAUGCGAUAGUCGAACUAAAAUGAGCCGCGAUCAGCCAACCGCGCUCCAAGCUCAGCCACGGGUCAGAUUCAGACUAUAUGGUUGUUGAACGCUCUGUCGGACGUACUUUUGGACCUGUCGAUUGCGACCGGGACUGUUAACCAGGACAGAAGGGUUAUUAACCGAUCUGGUCACCGGUCUCGUUUGGAGUUCUAGUGUAGAGCCUCGCAAGUCGUCAGACAACGACAAGCGAUGCCGCCAACUAGCAUGAAACGCAAGCCGAUGCCAUUGGUUGCAACCUUUUGGUUGGGUAUAACUCCAUUCAUGCGCCAAGAUCGGACCCGAGGACAAAUCCCUUGUUCAAGAGUAUUUAUUUCUUAAAUAAUUAUGCCUUCCCUUCUAUAACUACCAAAAUGUUUUUUUGGAUAUGCCAGGUAGGUAGAAUUUAGGUUAUUUUAAUUCCUCAGACCUUAUUUAAAGACAUAUAUGAAAGUCGUGAUACUUUCGCACUGUAACAGGUCUACAAUUUGCGGUUAUGCAUUGCUAUGCCUUGUUUGCCUUUUUACUUACGCUAUAGGGGCUCUUUAACGUAAAAUUAUAUGCCUUGCUGCAAUUAUAUGGAAACCAUAUCUUAACAGCGGGCUUAGGUGGGGAGGAGAGAGUGCGGCAGUUGCUGCCCAAGUCUACUCUCAUUAGAAAAUAAUUCACGCGCAAGUCACCGUGCCUACUGCAUCCUGUCGUGGAGCACACGGUGAACAUCGACGGAAUCGACGGUCGAACUGUCAUAAGCAGAAGAGCUAGAACUAUUUUUCAUUGAUAUUUUGGCAGAUUUUUAAUAAUUCAUAUUGACCCAACUGUGAAAAACUCGGCGCCUCGGUGGGAUUUGAACCCACGCAGUAAGGGCGAAGGCUUUAGUACAGCCAACGCUCUAACCACCUGAGCUACGAGGCCCCGCCGGACGACGCGAGUUUUAUCACACUUGGGUCAAGUUACCCGCCCAACCUACUGCAACGUCUGGAAUCCACCAAAUCAGUUGGGUCAAUAUGAAUUAUUUAAAAUCUGCCAAAAUAUCAAUGAAUUACGUGAGCCUAGUAGUCAUCAGGUGGAUUCUAGGUGAAUUACUUAGGAAGUCCUGCUUGGGCAGUCAAAUUUAUCAGAUUUGGUGGAUUCCGGACGUUGCAGUAGGUUGGGCGGGUAACUUGACCCAAGUGUGAUAAAACUCGCGUCGUCCGGCGGGGCCUCGUAGCUCAGGUGGUUAGAGCGUUGGCUGUACUAAAGCCUUCGCCCUUACUGCGUGGGUUCAAAUCCCACCGAGGCGCCGAGUUUUUCACAGUUGGGUCAAUAUGAAGAACUAUUUUUGCAGACUAAUUUGAAUUUUGCUAGGAGGAAAGGUUACCACAGAGUAAUGAGUUUGCUUGAAGACAACUAGCUGUGUGUCGGGGGCAACUUUGGAAGGCGUUGUUCCAAAUGUGGACUGUGAUUGUAUUUGUCGACUGAAGACCACUGAUUGCCACUGCUGGUGAUACUGAGGGCUGUUACGCAGGCUUCGUUCCUUUGCCUUCCUCUCUUUCCAUUGCCGAUCCACUACCGUCCGCCUCUGACUCAAAAACGUGAAACGGUGUCAUAGCCAGUCGUCUUAGUGAAUGCCUCUUGUCUCCUGCUGUGUGCCCGUUUUACAUCCUCAUCGACCCUUCCUCCAUUCUACCAGUUUUGGCAAAUUGGCCAGAAGUUGAUGCCAAACCUACGGCCGUCUCGGCCACCUCUGCACCGGACGCCGUCAAGCCUUCCCAGCGUAUCUGGGUGUUGGAGCGCAGCAACACCGACAGUCGGGCCACCUCUCAGGAGGGUGGUAGAGACGCAGCCUCGCCCCCUGUCGCCACCGUCAACGGGACACCCGAAGUACAGGCCACCAAACAGCAACUCCUCACAGCCGCCUCACCGGCCUCUGACAGUAUCACCACCUUGGACUCCUUCUGUGUGGGCUCCUUCACAAUGUCCACGCCUCAAGUCGGUGAGCUCCCCAUCUUCCCCCCCCCUCCCCCCCCUCGUCCCUUAAUCAUACAGAAAGCUGUAAAGAAGAUGAAGACCCGAUCUCUGGGACAGUGGGUUUAUUAGUCUGAGCUUUCGGUCUCGUACGGGAGGCCAUCGUCAGAGACUCUGAGAAGGCAACAUCAAACGAGCGGUUUUUGUAGUCACGCCAUGAAGGGGGGGGGGAGAUAUGAGUGCAGAGGGUGGUAUUCGCGAUAAGUUGCGUCCCACGCCGUCUCACGGUGGCGUGACUGCGUGCACCCUUGGCUGGAAAUUGGGUCUCGCCCCUUGGCCGCGGGAACGGAGCGCGUGAUAGCAGGGGGGUAUGUCAACGUGCCUGUUGAUAGAGUUGGUGCCAGACAUCCAGGCCUCUAACAGUUCACGUCCUGUCUUAUUGCUGGCCCGCGCCACUAUCCGUGUGCUCGCAAAGUUGAAUUCGUGGCCUUCCUCCAGGGUGUGAGUGGCGAUCUGAGACAACGGGUCGCCUCUCCGGACCGCGCGUUUGUGCUCCGUUAUUCGUAAGCUAAGUCGUCGUCCGGUUUGUCCUGUGUAGUGGCGAGGGCAGUCCCGACAUGGGAUCUGAUAGACGACGCCCGAUUGUUCACCCACGUCUAGACGAUCCUUCACUUGCAUGAUUUUGCUGCGCAUGGUCGCUGUCGGAUGGUGAGCGAUACCCACGCCGAGCUCUCCAGCUCAGACUAAUAAACCCACUGUCCCAGAGAUCGGGUCCUCAUCUUCUUUACAACAAGAACCUGGGAUUCGCAUAUUCGCUUCCAUACAGAAAGCUGUCUGCGUGUUUCCUGGUUGGCAUCACAUGCUGACCGCUGUUGUUAUAUGACACCGCAUCUAUCGGGUGAUUGGUUGCUGGUAACGGGUCGCCCUGCAGAUCCGCCGGACCGAAACGGAGGUCAGACUGCCUGGCAGCACGCAUUUGUGUCAGUCUGCGUUGGGUCCGCGCGAGCUUGCCGUACGUGUGUCUGUGUGGUGGCGGAUCCCAGACACAGAUCUUCACAACGCGUCAGUCACUGGGGCUAAUCGCAGCACUCCUUGGUUGCUAAACUCAGACAGUCGAUUGGUGCAUGGAAAAGAGGAGAUGGCACUGAUGCCGACAUUGAGGCAAUCCAUUCAUACGACACAUCAGUGCAUUACUCACUGCAAUAGGUUUAACGCGCUUGUGUCUAUAAUGACGCGCCAGGAGUUGUGACCUGGAAGGUUGCGAACCCAAAUGAUAGCUCAGUCCUUCUCAGAACUGAAAACACGGCACAUGCCGGGAGGAACAGGUUGUGUGUGGCACGCGUAGAGGACUGUCCACUUCUGCCAGCCACAACACCCGCGUCCACGUGGGGCCGUCUUGGCAUUGUCAUGCAACAGAGGCCAGGUGGGUGAGGGGGAGGAGAGUGCGGUCCAUACUGUUCGAGUCCACCUCACUAUAAACUGAUUCGAGCACAAGUCACCGGUGCUGCGUUUACACCGUCGAUACCUUUUAUGUGAUCGGUUCCCCCUGUUGCCAUUCACGUAACUGCGGCCACAAGUGAAACUUCAACUACGAAGGAAACUUACCAGGGCAAAACUUAUCACAAUCUUCGUUCUACAGGCGUCUUCCCUGGUUUGCGUUCGAGGCUAGUAGUUGACGUCAAGACGACCAUAUGCCGUCACCAAGGGAGUAGAUAGUUUGUUUUGAGGGUAAGUUAUGUUUGUAGACCAGUUGUUCUGCAGGAUUGAAUACAGACAAAUAGAUGACAGGCUGGGAUGACCAUUUCUGGCCUAUUACCUGUCGUCAGCCGGUCGUGACCAAUCCGAGGCCUGGACGACCUGAGACUCGAACUCCAGUUGUUUGGUCGUUUGACGUUUCUAAAGUCCAGCGCUCUGCCACUGAACUACGGAUCUGUUGUCCUGUCGGUCGAAAUCGGGAAUGUUAGCUACGGUUGAAGUGGGCCCAUCGAUCGGCUUGCCGGAUACGCCCUUCCCGUUGCCUCUUAGAGCUCAAUCUCGGAGCAAUGGCCUGAGCAUGUCCCUCGGCCUCUCUACCACUGCGCAAGGCCGGGCGCGGCGGUUCAUUUAAGUGUACUCUAGGGAGAGGGGGCUUCAGCCCUCAAACUUCCCUUCCCUGCGGCCAAGCAUUGCCUUGGGGCUUCAUUGGUUCGCCUCCUUCACUGUGAGUGGCGGUUUACAUCACAACUUCCUCGCGACUUCCAAGUUGCUGGCUGUUGUGAUGUGACACACUUGUCUUUUAUCGCCUCUUCUGGAAUUCUCAGUUAAUUUGCACAGAGGAUGAGUGCAGGCGCGUCUUUGUUUAAUCCCUACUAUGGUGACUGCUUAGCACUUAGGCGACUGUUUGAAUAAAGUCGUCCGUUAACGGGAAAACGAGCCAGUAUAACUUUCCUUUUCCUUUUGUCUACUAGAUGAACCCAAUUCACCCACUGAUGAGGAGGAUCGCCUUCUUACGGAGGUGGACACCAUCAGGCCGGACGUCUUCUGCCUGCGAAAUGCUCAUCCCAGCGAGGCCACCAGCCGGCUAAGGCCUGAACUUAUGAGGCAGGUUUUUCCCUGUUUAAUUUGGCUCCGGUUCUUCUGUAGCCCGGCCUUACCUUUGGUCGUCUAGUUGAGUUGGUAAGAUGUGGUCAGAAUACUGUUGGGGUUGAAGUCAGGGUGAGGGGUUAGGGCAACUAUUUCUCAACCACUCAAAGUACAACCGCUCAUCCUCGAUAGCUCUUCUUUUGCAUACAACUACUUGACCUCGUCGUCUGUGCGGCCCCACCCACGGCUCCUGUAUUAGAGGUGGCUGGGGUUUGUUUACAUCAGGUUGGGAUACAUAACCACAUCUGACCAUUACGUUCUUAGUAGUGGGCUUUUUCUGACCGAACCGUGAGUUAAAAACCCUGGUCUGUGACAGCGAAAACAUGUUGGAUAUAAUCCCAAAUGUGACCACGUCGUUCAGAUUGCAACUCAAAUUCCUUGAACUGCCUGUUUUACCAGUCGACCAGCCGUCUGCCAUGGCGAUCUUUUCCCACUCAAAUCGGGCCCGACUACAUGACGAUGACGUGAAGUAGACUGCCUUUACUGCAGACUAGAGCUGCCGGCCGUUAGUAACUCUGCUCUUUCUCGCUUCCUCCAUCGGCUAGUUGUCAGACCUCAGGGGCAGACUCAACCUGCUGUGCUGCUGAUGCUUUUAAGUAGGUUGAAGGAUAGCGACCGGUGUUGAUCACUGCAGCUAAAUCCCCCCCCCCUCCCCCUACCGACGAGAACACUCAUCAGCCAGUCCUAUUCUGCCAUGAUUGCGACUGCGCGACAGCAUCUCCUCAUUUCCACCUACCAGGCGCUCACCCCGUUGUUUGUUCUUGUUCGCCGAUUUAGACGUGGCUACCAGUCAUCAGCGUGCCCCGAAGGCCCUGCCUUUGCCAAUCCGUCUUUCAUUUUCUACAACCGCGACAUCUUUGCUGAAGUCUCCUUCCAUCAUCGUCCUGUUCAAGCGACAGCCCGCAAGGUGAGUGUCCGUAUUUGACCUACCUUUGCACUCCUUUGGAGUCAUAAGUGUGACUUUUUCACAGUCGCCGUCCAGAGUAAUGUUUCUACAUAAGGGGUCAUUUUACGACAAUUAGACACAGUUACUUCCCCUAUUUUGCAAGUUUUCUGUUCUUUUUUUAAAAUUGCGUUUAUAUUAUGACCUACGUCGUUCCGAUGCUGGCCGGUCGUGCAGUUGAAUCUCAGGAAGCUUAGUCUUCCGAUGGACAGACUGCUGGCGUAGGUAAUCAGUCUACUUUUAGCUGUCGGGUCAAACAAAAAAGUGGCACUUUGAAAAGGACGAGACUUAUUUCUUAUCGCAUGGAUUUCCUGUAGAAUUUCAUAAAAUCCUGAUUGGCUGGCAUUAUCAGUAGGCCAGAUUGAAAAGAAAGGCGAACGAUGGACGUGGCCAACCAGUCUAUCUGGUAGCACCCCAGGACUGCCGAGUUUUGUGCAUUCUGUGCUCAGUUGAUGUCAUUCAUGAUGAUCACGUGCUUUCAUUCUUUUCUCAGCUCGCCUACCGAAGUGCCUAUCCGCAGAGUUGGCGCGACUCACUGCAGCAGGCCAUCUCAACCACAGCCAGUCUGCUCGACUUGGAGGCCAGUUCAAAGGAGAGGGCGGGCGAGGCGGCUGACACGGGCCCGGAGCUACUUGUCUCCGUCCUGCGUCACAAACGCACCGGAAGCCUUCUCCUGGUGGGUUGUCUCACUGACCAGCCAGGUGCGGACGGCAAAGACGGUGGGUUCCUCAGCUCCCCUUCGAAGAUGUACAGCAGCGACGCCGCCGCCGCCAGUAGCAACAGCAGCAGUGUAUGCAACACCAGCAGCAACAGUGUCUGCAACACCGUCAGCAGCACUAACCUUCUAAGCAGCAGCAGCAGUGGCACUGUAUGCAACACCAGCAGCAACAGCGUCUGCAACACCGUCAGCAGCACUAACCUUCUAAGCAGCAGCAGCAGCACUGCCGUCAACAGCGGUGCCUACAACAACCCUGCCCAGGCUACCGCCAACUGCCCUAACACCGCCUGGAACCACAUUCCCUACGUGUACUGCCCCACCGGGGCGCCCACGACCACUGUCAGUGUUGCGCGCUCUGGCUGCCUCUACUCCUCCCUCUUCUCUGCCAGUGGGGAGUGGUGUCCGCCCACGUUCAAGUGCCGUCCCGAUUUGGCCGCCAUGAAUGCGGCUGGUGCCUUCUGGGUCCUGCAGGACAUUUGGGAGGAAGAGGUUAGUUUCUCAGAACGUCCCCACCCCCCCGCCUCGUCAGAUAGUCUCUCUGUACUCACACUUCUCACCAGGUGACUCGACUGCAUGCUUCUUUAGGUUGUUGCCAGUUCAUGCGUCGACCUCCACAACGGCCUGCCCAACCCUGUCUGUGGCUCGCUGCAAAAUGGCUUUGCUGCUGCGGAGCAGACGGUGGCCACUGCUACGCCGUCUUCUCCACCCUUCCGUUGGGUGCUCUGUGGCAACCUCGACGCGGCCUCCACCUCGCCAGCUUACCAAAUUUGUCGCGACGGGUACCCCUCUGAUGACAGCAUUGCACGGCUAAAAGUUGUGCGCAAUGUGCACCUCAGUGGACAUGACUACCUGGACUCGACGGUGAGUAACAACUGUCCCAGCUAAGUUAGCGAUGCUUUGAAUGCCCCUGUCAUUCCUAGGCGGAUCACUCGGAUUUCCACUUGGUUCUUCGGAGCCGAUCACUUGUCGGUGGGUAGGAAAUCGCUUCCUCGGCAGGCGCGCAGAUCCCGACUCGUUAGUCUUCCAAAGACUCGGUUUAGCUGUAGCUCGCCAGACAGCCACUACGCAGGGUGGCCUUGGGAAGGGGUGGUUUCCAAACAUACCUGUUUUCAGAAGAAGAAGCGAUCGCUGGAACAAGGGCUUUAUUCGCCUGACGUUUCACAUUCUCACUUGAAUCCAUCAUCAGAGACAGUGGCAGAAAAGGGUGACACGUGCACAGGAAAUCGCAGUAUUUAUAGGAUGCAACUACGUCGGAGAAACUGGAAGACUGCUCCGAACGCGAAUUGCCGAACACGCGGCAGCGGUACGGAGAAAUGACGCCAACUCUCAGGUCGCGGCCCAUUCGACGAGACCCGGCCACACAUUCAAGUUCGAUGAGGCUGAAAUUCUCACGAGAGGGGAUAAUCGCGUGAGCCGCGAGUUGCUUGAGUCAUGGUUCACGGGACCGCAGUCUAUCAAAAAUCGUAACGAUAUCCCCACUCCAUAUUCCCUGCUGAGGCAUAGGCUGGCCAAAACAAUUGACCACUCGGGGCGCGCGCAAGCCGGUGAGCCAGAUGGCCGAGCAAUCAUCACGCCAGCAUCCUACACGGGUGAUGAGAUUUCAGCAUUUAACAACUUGAAUGGCGGCCUUCAAGCAACUAGCGCACCAGCGGGCAACAAUCCUUCAUGAAGGGGAGCGCGGUUGAUUGCUAUAGGUAUGCGGUAGCAUAGCGACUGCAUCCUAUAAAUACUGCAACUUCCUGUAUACGAGUCACCCUUCUCUGCCACUGUCUCUGAUGACGGAUUCAAGUGAGAAUCCGAAACGUCAGUCGAAUAAAGCCCUUGUUCCAGCGAUCGCCUCUUCUUCUUCUUCUUCUUCAUCAUCAUCAUCAUCAUCAUCAUCAUCUUCUUCUUCUUCUUCUUCUUCUUCUUCUUCUUCUGGUCAACUAGUUCCUGGAACUCGCAUCUUCGCUUAUGCCUGUUUUCGAAGGCGGGCGCCUCCAUGUGGCUCGCCCCCUCGACCGCAUCAGUGCCACCUUCUAAGAUUGUGCUAUGCAGUGAAUAUUCUAACUCAUGAAAUGCGCCGUACUUUACGGAACGCAGUUUAUUGCUCAAACCGGCACAAAUCAAUGGACAAAAUCGCCGAAUUAGUAAUGGACGAUUGAAAGCUUGAAAGCAUAUAAAGUAAAGCAAAUGAUAUUACGUUGUUUAGAAGUAGACUUUUUUGGAAGGGUGGAAAUUCCGAAAAGGUCGAAAAUCACUGUAAUUGAGUAAACUUAAGUUCUAGACGUAAAGCAAGCCUGCCCGUGCAAAAAAUUGCUUGAAUAAAACGGCACAGGUAGACUAACGCUUAAAAAUAAUUCUCUGGUGGAGUUUACACUUAAAUAUCCUUUAUGUCAUGCAGGACGGUUAGCUGACCGCCUCCAGUUUGAAUUUAGAUUCCAUAACGGUUCCACGAGAAUUGGCUGUAUAUUUUUUUCGUUUGUACACUGUUUAAGAUGCGGUUGGCCAAGGUAAACAGGAAAUUUUUUGAUUUCGGCGAUAAUAACGUCAGAGGAGUAAGCGUUUUCAUAGCCACAUGUUGACUGACCGGUCACUUUGAAUGGAAUUGACAGGUGCAAUCGCAAGCAUACAGUUUUGUACAUAUUGAGUAAACUUUCUGUCUAAUUUCUUUGCUGUUUUUUUCACAUGCUGGAGUAUGUUGAGUUUCGAAUAGUCCUCGAAAUAUCAGUGAACUUUUUUCGGUUUUCAAUGUUUCCAAUCUAUUUCCCGUAAAGGUAAAUUGUGUGCUAUGUGUUUUCAUGUACGACAAGUUCCUUUCGACAAAACUCGAGGGUACCAACAAAGACCAGGGACACUGGGAUCGCCAUUUCUGACCUAUCAGUCAUACUCGGCCUCAAAUUUGGGCACUUGGGAUUCGAACCCAGAAUCUUUUGUCACUAGGCGUUAAGUUGAACGCUCAGUCAUCGAGCCAUGACUCGUCCCCCUGGAAUAUUAAUUAUCAAUAUGGAACUGUUUAUUCGUCAGACCCCAGGACCUUCCCUGAGAACUGUCCCACUCUCCUCCACCAGUGAAAACGUCUCCUUGCCUGAAGGGGCCGGACUCCAUGGUCAUGCUGUCAGGUCACUGAUGCCUGCUUUCGCUGGAGUAGUGAGGACUUUUCAGCACAGUGACCUACGUCAUUGCCAGGCGUAGCAUUCGGCUGUAGCCAUUUGGUCUCUUUAAGUGAAGAAGAAGAUUCGAGCGCUGGAACACUUUGUUUAUUGUCCUGAGCUUUCAGACUCGUACAGCAGUCCAUCGUCAGAGGUAGUGGCAGAAACAGAACAAGCAGCAGUUAUAAGGCGUGUAGGCCCAACCAUCGAGCGACGGCGCAAGACUGGAGGUGACUACGCAUGGCUCUGUACGCCGGCGCCAGGUCGAUAAAUCGAUUGACCGAGUUCUCAUCCGAGGCCCAGGCUUCAAUCAAUUCUCGGCCUGUUUUGUCUCCGGCGUGGGCGACUAUUUCGGUGGCUGCGAAGUUAAACUCGUGACCCAUUUCGUAGGUGUGGGCGGCCACUUGUGAUAAUGCGUCGCCUCGUCACACAGCCAGCUUAUGUUCGUGUAUGCGCGAUCCGAGCAUGCGUCCAGUCUGUCCUGUGUAGUUACAAGAACAAUUUUGACACGGGAUGCGAUACACUACUCCAGAUUGCUCCUCAGGCUUCAACCGGUCCUUGAUUUUCAUGACCCUAUUGCGCAUGGUGGCUUUGGGGCGGUGUGCAAUCCCAACACCUAGCUCCGCAGCAAUGCGCCCGGUUGCGUCUGAAGCACCCUUGAUGUAUGACAGGGAAUUCCAUAUCGUCGGUGGCGUUGAUAUUCGAGUUCUCUGGUGGCGACCGCGUAGGCAGCGACUUAUGAAUGCCCUCGGAUAGCCAUUUUGCUCAGGACAAUAAACAGAGUGUUCCGAUGCUCGAAUUUUAUUCUUCACUUAUGCAUACACCUGGAACUCGAAAUUUCGCCUUCAUUCAUUUAAUCUCUUUCAUCACCUCAGCCAGCACUUAUCCUCCUGUCUACUUUUCCUCUAGCGCACCACUUUUUCGUCUGUCAGACGGGCGCAGCUGCCCCUCGCCAGCUUUAACUAGAGCGCGCAGGUCACAACUCUUCAGUUGUUCAGAGACCCAGUUUAAGCGUGGGUGAUCCUACAGCAAUUGUGUAGUGCGGUUUUGCGGAGGGUCGGUUUUCUGUUUUCGAGGGUGGGUGUCUCCAUCUACCCUGUCCCCACCGGUUCCAAUUUCCAAGACUGUAUUAUACGCCAAAGACAACCUGACUGGAUCGUGGGAAGCAUUCACCAAUGGCGUAGCCGCUACGACCUGCGUAGGUGUGCCUUAAAGUAAUAACGUUGUGCACUCCAUGACUGCUUUUUCGUCAAGCCCAGGAACAUGGACGGCCUUCCCUAAGGGCCGUUUCACAAUUCGUACUUUUGGAAUAGUCGCGUUGCCUAAGGCUGACUCGGAUUCAAGACGCUCUCCAACCGUUCCUGGAAGUUUUUGUCCUACAUACCUCUUGUUGCAUUACUUCGACUUUACGGGCCUCCGAACUUUCAGUCACCUGACCAGUCUGAUCCCACAUCCUUCAUUGUUCACUGAUUUCAACAAGUUUUGCUUGACGUCAUAAACAGUUUUCUAAUAUCCGCAACACAUUCUCCAUCCAGCUAGGGUCAGUCAUAUGCCUGUCCACUGGAACACACGGCUGCAGUUUUUGUCGAAGAUAAUUAUGCGACGGGUAGGGGAGAAGAAGUGGGGUGACGAUGACUAAAUGCCAAUCCCUCUGGUCUGUAGAAUGAAUUCGGAGACAAUAGAUCAACAUUCCGACCAUUUCCGUUAGGUGUUUUUUUUACUUGCCGUUCUUUCGAUUUCCUCUCUAUUCUCUUGUUUUUUCUCUCAUAUUUUUCGCUUUAGUCCCUCAUCGACCUGCUGUGGCACGCCUUCCAACACCCCUGUACAGACGUCUCCAGCUGUUACAGUUCUGUCCUUGUAAGUACCCUUUCCUUUCUCACUACUGCCAGAUGACAGGUUUGUCUGUUUAUCCUGGCUCUUGACCAAAUCGCACAGUUUGCUGAGGAUCGAAGAGUCGGGCCGGGAAGGCGAGGGGGUUGAACUUUUCUCAGCCAAAAAUCGGUCCGUUGACAAUCCUCAGACCAAUUUUGCCUUCAAUACCAAUCAGACUAAGCUUGUUUGUUAUUCAUUGACGAGAGACCGGAAUGGGGACUUCUUUGGCCUAUUUUCUGUUAUCAGCCACAGCUGUAGGCUCGAUAUUUGAGCCUUAAUUCAGUUGCAGGGUUGGUUGACAGUUCUCAAAAACUUCGGAGUGGGACAUCUUUAUGGUGAGCAGAGUGAGGACGACAUCUCUCGAGCCAAUAUCGCCUGCAGGGUUUUCGCAUUCCUCAGAAAGGGUCUGUUAACUCUACACGACAUCCACAAAGAUGUGCGGGUACCGGACAUACGUCCAGCCAGUCCUACUGUACGGUUGUGUAUGCUGAGCUGCGCGCUGCCUGGAAGGUGUGGAGAAACUGGAGGUGUUUUGACCAUCACAUCUGCGGGGGGGGGGGCAGUACACCCACUGAAGCAACAUCGCGAGGGUAUCUCAGGCCGUCCAAUAUUGAGGCGACUUAGGCACACUCUUCACUGUCUGUCUCAUGAGCUCACCGUUGCUGCUCUUGAUCUGGCAAUCAGAUAUGAAAGAAAGAAAUGUUGCUAAAGUCAAUAGGUCUCAGAUAUUUUUUGCUGAUAUGCCAACCUACCUAAAUCAGGUAAGUAGGCACUUUGUGGGAAUGUAUUUCGGGAGAACAUUCAUUUCCCUGCCCUACCAUAUUUUCGUCAUUUUGGAGGAUCCUGAGGACAAUAUAACAGAGGCUUAUCUCUCAAAUCUGGGACCGAGCACGAGCUCAACAUAGUUGUACUUCCAAAGCAAAGCCAAAUUUUAAAGUGUGCCUGCGUCGCGCAGAUGUUAGAUAAGCACCUUUUAAAUGUAUCACCGUAUGGGGAUUUUGCCACAGCACCAACAGUCAAGAUAGACAGAUCCUUUCCGCGUGUUGCUACUGCCAACGCACUUUCACCACCCGUUUUGCCUCUGCGAAUCACACAUUAAGAAGAAAAAACACCCUGGCCGGCGCUGGUCGCCACGUCUCCGCCUGUCGCAUUGUCAGCGCACAUUCUCGGGGCCAGGACCACCCUCGUUUGACAUCUUUGUUGCCAUCCCAGUGAAUCAUCACUGCCUUCUACACCAGUUCUGCCACUGUUACUAACAACACUCCAACUCUGACUUUGACGCACAGAUCUCUACACAAGACGAACAGACCACAGUGGUUUGCGGUCUUUUGGACUCCAGCACGGGGAGGAGUGGGGAGGGGUGUACUUGCCAGCCCGCGGUCUACGCAAACUCUUAACUUCUGUCGUUUAAGCCGUUUCACCGCCUCCCGCGACCCCAUUUCUGACCUCCCGCCUUCGUCCACAAUCAUAAUUUCUGUUUGCCAUUAGUGACGUCCUCAACAACACUGCGACGCUUUCACUGCCUGUAUACAUUUGCGAAUAGAGUUUGACUGUCUAGAAAUUUUCAAAGCACGCCACCCGUCACUCAUGUCACACACCGAUGUAGAUAGUGAUUUUAGCUUACGACUGGCGAGCCUGUAUGCUCCAAUUAGUGGGCACAUCACCAAUGUUCCCCGGGGAUCGUUUGUAUUCUUGAUGAAUGAACUAUCAUGCAAAAUAAUAUAUCGAUGAUGCACAACUGUCGAUAAACGCUCAAGCUGUCAGAAGUAGGUGGGAUUAAAGAUAAUGUCACUUUUCCGUCACUGCAUCUGCGGGGAAAGCCUCGAUCGCAUUUUAGGAUUAACUUCUUAACAAUGACGGGGUGGUUGGGUGCACGAUUAUUUGCAGUCUCACACGGCACUCUGCUGGACACAACCCUAGAACAUCGACGCUAGUAGGGCAGUCCAGAGCAAACGCCCAACUGGCGUAUUGUGGGGCGUGACCUGCACACGAGGAGAGACUUAACCGAACAACGCCUACUUAAAUAAAUGUAGUAGCAAGUCCUGUGUAGUAAGCAUGCGCUCGACUAAACCUAUUCUUGCCAACGACAGCUUGACUGUCACAAGCGACUACGCCGACUGCCGCCUUGUAAGGUGAACCCAGUGGCGGUGACUUGCGUGUGAAUUCGUGGCCUUUCGCAGCACCUGCCCAAAUCUCUCCGCAAUUUUUCGUGCCCUGAUGACGACAAAGUCAAAUUGACCGAACCAUAUUAAGUUACACUUUCUCGUACUACCUGAACGGUUGCCACAGAAGGGAAAUCCAUCCAAGCGAAUUACAUGCGUUGGCCCGUUGCAUUUAUUGUUUUCUUGUGCGACGGCACCAUUGUGAAGAGCAUGAUGGUAAGGCUGCAUGAAGCACGACCGCGGGAUUUGCUCAGGGUUGCUUUACUUUUUACUUGUAGUGGAAAUUGACGGCCGAUUUGGCGGGGCUAUUUAGCCCGUAUGUGUUUAGUGGUCUUAUCGUCGUUUGUUUCGUCUCUUGUUCACAUUUGGUCUUCGAAGAUUGUCCUCAGCACAUUGUACACUAUGCCAAGUUUAUGACGUACUCUAGGAGAUGCGAACCGCACCUAACAACUAUCGAUACUGGGCGAUCGGCCCCAACGGCUAGCAUUAAACGGCACGGCUGCGAUGAGAUUUUCUGCAAACCUAUUUUCGUGAGAUUUCUGGGUCGCUGAAAGUUAUUUCCACAUGUCCUGUUGUUAGUGCCUGAAAAGUCUGCACGCGGUACCGUGUCACCCAUAGUCUCUGUCUUAUAAUGUCCAUAGUUGCAUUGCAAGCAUGUUGAUGAGUCGGACGUGGAAUCCUGUAGACAGCUGAUGGCGAGGUCAUUUCUUGUUUCACACAAGGUGUUGGAAAAAAAACCUUGAGGUAAGCCUUGGACAGGCGUUUUACGGCCCGUUUAACUCAGCUAUGCCCCCUAUGGGACAAAUAUACACACUGCCCCUCGAAUAAAUUGAGAGCCUUCAGAAUUAUUCACCUAAAUUUUUAUGAGACUCGACUAAGUUCCCCACACAGCAUAGCCAGAUUAUGAUCCAGGCAAGCGAAAACGUACUAUUUUGCCCUCCAGAAGAAAGGUCGAAGCAAGUCAUUUGAUUGUAAAAAACCAUAUUGGAACUGGUCAAAGACACAUGUAUUCAUCUCCCCCUAAAAUCAACUAAUAGGGCACCAAUUUUGGGAGUUUGGUGAGAAUUGUUGUUGUAGUAGGGAGUGUACACGUAUCCAAAACGCGACGGUAAAGAGUUUUAUUGUAAGCGCCGUUUACUUGUGUUAAUUGCGGUGCGCUUCAUGAAGGACCCCAAUGGAGACGCUGACUGCCAUUACCGACCGCAGUCGAGGGACACCGGCAGUAAUCGCUUGCUCCGAAAGUCUGACUGUGCGCUAAACCAAUGAGCGUAUUCGCUUUAGAGUAACAGUUACAUAUCCCCGACAAAAUCGGAAUUCUGUGCUACUUAUUUUCCCGAGGUAGUGAGGGAUGUUUUCGUUGUCGCAGGUGGCAACGCGUAUAGUGGUGUGAUUGGUUAUUCAUGAGUCUUGUUAAUAAUCUCACUCAUACUAGUAGUAUAUGCUGCAUUGGUGGUAUUACUGUCACUAAGACCCUUUCCACUCUACUCCACACAGGGUCGUGAGCCUCCAUUCACCCGAUUUACGCUCCCACCAGUCGCCAAUGUAGGCCUGCACCUGCGUAAUUGUGUGGACUACAUCUUCUGUUCCUCCUCCACGCUGCAUCCACGGGCCGUCUUCAUGCCGCCUUGUCGCGCCGUUGUCUCCGUUGCAUCUGCCGGCCCGCCAAGACCGCCCUCUUCACGUCCGCUGGCCCAACCGGAGACGGUCAUGUCUCUGGCAGCUCGUCUGGGCAUUAUCGCACUGCCUGCCGCCAGCUAA